GGAAAAUGGAGGCUACGCACGUGGCAGUACCCAGCACGUCGUAGCCGCGAGGCUUAACUUCGGCCGGGAAAUCCUACGAUAGGAAAUCGAGAUGGCGUAGCAGGUGGAUUCCUUCUCUUAUUCUUCCUUCCCUCAUUCUCUGGUGGAGUGGUCGAUGUAAGAGAGAAAAUCUCUGUGAUGCGAAUUUAGUGACCCGUCUUUCUCUACGGCACGUUCCUUCGACAAACACGAGAAAAGGCGAUACAGGAGGCCCUCCCCAGAAUAACGACUUCAGAGCCCUAUAAGUUUCUCGAAGACACCCGCCAACAUGGCACUAUUACAAGAUGUCAAGUCAGACACUAAAAUCAUUCAAGCUCGUCCCAGUGCAGAGCGUCCUCGAAUUCUCUUCGGUGCCAACAAUAACAACCCGAAAGUAUCUUCAGAGUCCAAAACUAGCUCCAAUAUGAGUCACUCAGAGGGCCAGCCAUGCAAAUUUGCAGAUAUCGCAGUUUCCUAUCGGGUUUACAUUCUCGAUGACCUCCUUGCGGAGCCGCAAGAGGUUGCCCACGAUUGGAGCCGGAACCUUUUAUAUAUCAGUCAACGGCAUCGGCAGGGUCAUAGUUUUGCGCCCAUUGAACUGUCUAACGAAAUUCUUAUUUUUGACAUUUCAACUUAUGACAUUAUCGGUUCAAUUGAUAUUAGCCCUUAUGCAGGGCCGCACUGCAUGGAGCUAGAUGCGUCAUGUAGCUAUAUCCAUGUCUACGUCAACGGAGGGACUAUUUGGAUCGAUCCCGAGUCUAGAACAGUCACCAACUUUGAACCGACGCAGAGGAGAAGGUGCGGAGAGAGGACCACCGAAGACUUCAUUGCUGAAGUUGAUCUGAGGUCCGGUAAGAUGCGCCAGAGAAUCAAUGUUCCAGAAAGCGACAGAAACUCUAGCGACGGGGGGCAUGUUACUUUCUCUACCCCAGCAAUUCGGUUUGCAAGCCGGUCAUCAAGUAGCAGACUACCUGUUAUAGAUGUUUCGAACGAUCAUGUUGUCGAAGCGAUCAAAACCAAGUUCCCAGUCAAAGCGAUCUACGUCACAUCCAGGAACGUUAUGCUGGUUUAAGGGUAUGGAUGGUAGCUAUUCAGGUUAGAAAUGAACGUUUGUGUCUACAUAUGUUAGAAAAUAGGAAUUGGGAUUAGAGCUAGGAUUAGGAGUUGGGGAGCUAUGGAUUUAGUCCAUGCUGGCAUGGCGGGAUGGAGGCUGGUAGGUAAUGAUUUGCAAUAGACUGCUCAAGGUAUAUACAGCAAUGUAACGUUUUCUUUAUGUUUCUUAACUACCUAGGUACUUACGCGUUUUGAAGAGUUGCAUAUGAGCAAUGCUACUAUUAUCAUAAAUUUAA